AUGGAAAAAGGUACCGAAAUUUUAAACGGACACUUUUAUUUUAAACCUCUUCAACAAGGAGUAGAUAGAACUAAAGCUAUUUGUAAACACUGCAAAGCGGAAUUGUCUUAUCAUCGGAGUACUUCAAGUUUGAAGUAUCACUUAAAUGCAAUGCACACCGUUGAUGCUAACAAAUCAUCCACCCAAACAAACAGUGGAGGAAACCUUCGGCAGACUACGUUAGAUGCAGCACGAGGGAGAACUACAGAGAAACAAAAGAAAGACAAGAUAACAAAUGCCAUUGCAAAGUGGGUAGCUACAAAUUGCAGGCCAACUAGUAUUGUGGAAGAUGUCGGUUUGAAGAAUGUUAUUCGGAUCGCAACGAAUGACUGCACGUAUGAGCCUCCGCCAAGACGCACCAUUGUAAGAAAAAUACAUGAACUGUAUGAAAACGAGAGGACUAUAAAGGCAACGGCAUUACAACGUGCACAAACUGUUGCCCUCACCGGAGACUACUGGAUAUCGCUGGGUAACCAUAAUUAUCUCGGAGUAACUGUGCAUUACAUUGAUGAACAAUGGAAACUGCAUUCACAUGCUUUGACAGUAAUGAAGACACAAGAAAGACAUUUUGCUGAAACGUGCUCCGAACAUUUCAUUCAUGUUGCACAGCAGUGGGACAUUUUAAAUAAAGUCAGCACACUUAGCACAGAUUGUGCUAGAAAUAUUGUUGCUGCUGCAAGACAUCUGCCUUUUGAACGCGUCCCUUGUGUCGCUCACAGCCUUCAGCGUUCUGUCACAGUAUCUUUGCACAACAGCGCGUUUGAAAAUGCCCUGGCUAAAUGCAGAAAGGUGGUGGGCCAUUUUAAACACAGUCCAGCAAGUGCUGCAGAAUUAGAAAAAAAAACAAAUUGA